AUUUUUGAGGGGUUUGCACAUCGUAACAGCAAGUACAAGAAGAGACCAUUUAUUAGAUCAGCCCCAUGUGUGAAAGAAAAGAUACUUAAGGAAGAGCCAUCGAUGCCAGUGAGACAGGUUUACCACAAGUUGGUGAAUAAUAGCACAGGUGGCCAACAUCACUCAGUCGAUACUCCAAGGAAUUUUGACCAAGUACGAAACUUUCGUAAGGAACUGGCUCGUGAGCAACGAAUCUCACACGACUCUUUUUUUAAUGUGUACCAGCUCUGCUUCCAAUUAUUAAUGAAGAACAGGAAGGGAGACAAGCUAGAUUUUAUCAGGCAUCUUUCAUUACAUCCAACCAUUUUAUUGCACAUGAUUCCUCAACCUCUGCUGGAUUCUUUGGAGCUAUUGCUUCGAGUGUCUAGUGAUCCAGUCAUCCUGCACUACGACACUGUGUUUAACAUAGAUAAUUAUUACCUUUCUACUUUGCUUUUCAGGCACACAAUGUUUUGCAACAACCCACUUAUUCCCAUUGGUUUUUUUCUACAUUCACGACGCUUUCACAAUGACCAUGUAACAUUUCUGUUAUCUAUAAGACAAUCUGUACCAGUAUUGGCAACAAAAGGUUGUGUUAUUGUCACUGAUCAAGAGUUUCGUUUUGGGCAUGUGUUUCCAAAUAGUACACAUGUGUUUUGUUGGAACCACCUAGAGCAAGAUUUAAUUCAUUAUCUUAAAAGCAAAGCCAACUGCAAAUCUAGUGAAAUUAGUUAUUAUGCUAAUAUUUUUAAGCAACUAAUGUUGGAAACAACAGAGGCCAAUUUUGAAAAGGCUUGGUCACACUGUCGUCAUCGUAAGCGAUUUCUUGCAAACAACAAGGUCUGUAAUUACUUUGACAAGACUCUGAUUCCAGUUUUUAAAGCGCACUCUGCAAUUUGGAUUUUGAGGAAAGCAGGCAUUGUUAAUCCUGAAAAGGGUGUUACCAACAACCCUUCGGAGUCAUUCAACGCUGUUCUGCACAGCCUAAAGCAGUGGAAACAAGUGCCUUUAGAUGUUGUGUGUGUUUCCCUGUUUUAUCUCAGUACUUACUAUUACCGUGAAGUGGAAAGAGGCUUCCAUCAAUGUGGUUCAUUGCAUCUGAAAGAUGAUUUUUCUUUUCACGAGAGAGAGCCCUCUUUGAUGCCACAUAUGGCACGAACAGUGGAACCCAAAGAAAUUGUCAGUAGAGCAAGAGGAGAACUCCUGCCCAUUUUACUUGAAACUGAUCAUGAGAAUAAAGACAGUGGCAUAUCGAGUAAGAUAGCGACCUCUAAAUUGGAGAGUCAACUUGGCUUAGCCCACGAUGCAGUGGCUAACAAGUGGGUAACAUUAGCUUUUCCUGGGUGUUGGGUUGUAAAAGGUACUGACGGUGUUACUGCACACACAGUUACUCUUUUUCCUAAAGAAACCUGCUCGUGCCGCAAUAGUAGCUGCUACCAUAUUAUGGCUUGUAAAGUAAUGGCUGGACAAGAUGUCUCUGGGACAGCUAAAUGCAAUGCGUCAUUGUUACACCAUAACAACAGGAAACAGAACAAAGAGAAGCCAUCUGGUCGCAAGCAGUUGAGGAAGAAAGAUUUUAAUGUUAGCAGUAUUAAGAAAGUGUCUCAAUCCAAUGAAAAAGCAACAGGAAACCUUCAUCUCAAAUCUGAUGACAGUAUUGCAGGAAGGAAAAGGCGAAAGUCUCAACAAAUUGAUACUGAUGAUGAUAGUGACUUUGUUAAUGAAGAGCCUAAAAGAAAACGUGUCAAACAAACUAACUUUGAAGCCUUGGAUACUAGUUCUGAUGAAUGCACUGAGGAAUAUGCACCACCUCAGAGCCACAAUAAUAAUGUUUUGUCAACUGGGGUCUUAGAGUCUGAUCUAGGUAUUAGUGAGAGUGAGCAGAGUGUAUCGAAACAAGACUCUGAAACGGCUCUAUUAUUAGAUGACAACAAAGGUGAUAGUUACACUAAAAUGGUUUUGUCCCACCGAGCAACUAAUGUCAAGACAAAUCGACCAUUUCUAUGUUCAGAUACAGAUGAAGUUAUGGUGGAAUGGGAUGAUUUGCUGGAGAGAAUUUCAGAAACAUUUCCUGGUUUCUUGCUUUGUAAUUAUGUUUGUAGAGCAAAUGUUGAUGAAGAAAUAGCUGGUUUACCUGUGCAAAAGAUGAUUUUGAUGGAGACAAGGCGUUCUAAACAGAUAGCAAUUCUACGACGCAUGGAUGAUGAUGACAAAGGUGUACCAAGAGUUCAGUGUAUAUCUGUGUAUACAAGCCCUGACAUGAUGGAGUUGGAAUACCAUGCAGGUACAGCAACACGAUCUGAAUGCCGCUUAGUCUAUGUGGAGCACUGUGGUGUGCAGUUGUCUGAUGAAUAUCCAGAUCAGCUGACUGCAGCAUUGUUACUUAUGGCUUGUUCCUAUCCAAAUGAUGAUUUAUCUUUGAAACAUAUUGAUCCUGUGGCAUUACGAGAAACACUCUGUACUUAUAUCCAUACAGGAAGCUAUGAAAGAGUUCCAGUUGAUGAGUGUGAUGUAGCAUUUUGUAAGCGCAAGGUAUCGAAGGUUUCUUUAUUAUGCUAUUGCUUUACACCUUGGGUGGAUGGUUCAACAUCUGUUGCGCUUUAUGGAAUAAAACAAAAGCAAUUCAAUGUUCAUAACUGCAGCAAGUGCAAAGAAUGGUUUCAUAAAUACUGUCUUAGAAUAUGCGGCUCCAAAGUCCCCAAACGUACUACUGAUUUCACAUGUGCCUAUUGCACCAUUCCUGAAACUAUUCCUUGGCACCAUCAUCAAUACACUAAUACAUGCACUGUUGAUAAUGGUUUCACAAUAAUAUUGCUUCACUGUCUACAGAAUCCGCUGUUCUUUAAUAAUUUGGGAAGUUCAGACAUAGAAAAGGCUAUAAAUGGGAGUGUUCAACUUAUGUUGGCUGGUCACUUGUAUGAAGGUAAAGGUGCUCUCCUUGAUUACAUUUCUUCAAAAAUUGAUAUAUCGUAUUUGGAUUCAAAGAUCGAUUUUAAGGGAAAUGAGCAUUCCAAGUUUUUAUCACUGUUAAGGAACAUAUCGAGAGUUUAUGUCAAGCAAAGGUGUCUUUCACAACAUUGUCCUAAGCAAAUUGAGAACAUAAGACACUUUUACACAUUUUCAUUCUCUUCAUCUGCUAACAUUGAAAAGCAUCUCAAAGGUAACUUUCCAGCUUGUAAUGAAGUGAUUGAGGGAUAUUGUGCAGCCAAGUUUCCUGAUGACGAUAUACCUCUGGGAUGCACUGAGUUUGGAAUCAACAAUCACAUUGUGUUUGAUGAUGAGGGAGCUGAAGUGAGAGAGGAAUAUUAUGAAUGUCAUGGAAGAGUAGUUGUGCUUGAGGCCCAUUUUACAAGUAAAAAUCCAUGGAUAAUCCCUAUAUCAAUUUCAAGAUUACGUGGCUCUGAAAUCAUGCAAAUUCCCAAAGAAAUUUUAGUGUAUGGAAAGAGAUUCGUUUUAGGAGGAUACAGCAUUCAUUCUUGUGAGCAUUACACUGCAGUCAUAUAUUGGCAUAAUAAGCCAUACUACUAUGACGGGAUAAAAAAGACUAAAGAACAAAGAUUUGUAGCAUAUAACCCUAAAUAUAUAAAAGACAAAAGUGGUAGUUUUGCUUACUAUUUUCUUAAAUAAUAAUUAUAAUGUUCACCUGUAAAAUCUUUUUUCCUUAAUUAUUUAUGGUUCAUGCAGUUCUGUAUGGUUUUGCAAUUUAAUUGAAUU